GUAGGAAAAUAAAAUCCACCAGGAAGAACUUGAACUGACUGCUGAUGCUGUUGACUUAUCACAGUCCUUGACAUUUCACAUCAUGCCUCAAACAGUGUCUGCAACUGAGUCCAACACCAACCAUCACAUCUCGUGACGUCCUGCUGAUGGAUAUUAUUUACUGAAUUCAAGGGGCAGAGAACAUCUUGAGGCUUCGUUUGAAUAAUCCUGAUUUACAUCAAGAUACAAAUGCCGAUUAAAAGUGGAUCCAGGACCGAUCCGAGGAGCUCAUCCAGCUGGGGCGCCUCUCCGACCAGAGGCUGAGAGCCAGGAAUGGCAAAGUUUCCAACUUGGUGGACAGGCAGUCAAUUCUUCAGCGACUGGAGAGGCUGGAGGAUGUGGUCUACAACCAGCUAAACGGUCUGGCGAAGCCAAUGGGGCUGGUGGAGGGACCCGGAGGUCUCGGCCAGGGGGGCGCCGCUGCCACUCUGGGAGAGGACAGCCACGACGCAGAGGGGAAGUACGAGGAGUACGGCUACAACGCUCAGCUCAGCGACCGCAUCUCCCUUGACAGGAGCAUCCCUGACUACAGACCUAAGAAGUGUAAGCAGUUGACGUACCCGGAGGACCUUCCCCAGAUCUCCGUUGUGUUCAUCUUCGUGAACGAGGCGCUGUCGGUGAUCCUCCGCUCCGUCCACAGCGUGGUCAACCACACGCCGGCACACCUGCUGAAGGAGAUCAUUUUGGUAGACGACAACAGUGACAGCGUGGAGCUGAAAUUCAACUUGGACCAGUACGUGAACAAACGCUACCCAGGCCUGGUGAAGAUUGUGAGGAAUAACAAGCGGGAGGGCUUGAUCCGAGCCAGGAUCCACGGCUGGAACGCCGCCACGUCUCCCGUCGUUGGCUUCUUUGACGCUCACGUCGAGUUCAACACUGGCUGGGCUGAACCCAUUCUGACCCGGAUGAAGGAGGAUCACACGCGUAUUAUUCUCCCCGCCAUCGACAACAUCAAGUACAACACCUUCGAGGUGCAGCAGUAUGCCAACGCCGCCCACGGCUACAACUGGGGUUUAUGGUGCAUGUACAUCAUCCCGCCGCAAGAGUGGCUGGACAAGGGCGAUGAGACGGCCCCCAUCAGGACUCCGGCAAUGAUUGGCUGCUCCUUUGUGGUCGACCGGGAAUACUUUGGUGAGAUCGGUCUGCUGGAUCCUGGCAUGGAAGUGUACGGAGGAGAGAACAUCGAGCUGGGCAUGCGGGUGUGGCAGUGCGGGGGGAGCAUGGAGGUCCUGCCGUGCGCCCGGGUCGCCCACAUCGAGCGCACCAAGAAGCCCUACAACAACGACAUCGACUACUACGCCAAACGCAACGCCCUGAGAGCGGCGGAGGUGUGGAUGGACGAAUACAAAUCCCACGUCUACAUGGCCUGGAACAUUCCCAUGAACAACCCGGGAGUUGAUUUUGGCGAUGUCUCAGAGCGCGUGGCCUUAAGGAAAAGGAUGCAAUGUCAAAGCUUUCGCUGGUACCUGGAGCACGUCUACCCAGAGAUGCGGAUCUACAACAACACCAUCACAUAUGGCGAGGUGAGAAACAGUAAAGCCAGCGGCUACUGCCUGGACCAGGGCUCCGAGGACGACGACAAAGCCAUCCUGUACCCGUGCCACGGCAUGUCCUCCCAGCUCGCCCGCUACUCCACCGAGGGUCUUCUGCAGCUUGGACCCCUGGGGUCGACCACAUUUCUUCCUGACACAAAAUGUCUCAUUGAUGACGGCAGAGGACGCACCCCGAGUCUGAAAAAAUGUGAUGCCGUCUCCAGGAUUUCCCAACGGCUUUGGGAUUUUACACAGAACGGCCCGAUCAUCAACAGAGACACGGGUCGGUGCUUGGAGGUCGAGAUGUCCAAAGAUGCCAACUUUGGUCUCCGCCUGGUGGUGCAGAGAUGUUCCGGUCAGAAGUGGAUGAUACGGAACUGGAUCAGGCACCCCAGGCACUGAGGAGGCCGUCGUUUCCCAGACGUUUUGGCCAGCAUUUCCAAUCGCAGUGGCAGACUGCUGAGGGAGGAGCAGAAAGCGGUUUAUUGCCGCGAGGUGUGGGAUUUCACGCUUACGAACUUGCAAAGCACGCCGACCUCCAACUCGGGCAACAGAGGUUCCGCUGCGAUGAGCCUUAAAGAAGAACACGAUCAAUGUAUUUGUUCCCCUGAGCUUCUUCCUCACGCCACAACCUUCAGCAGAGCUGCACUGUUUGAAAUGGCCAACCUCUCUGACAUUCAGCCAUAUGUAUAGAGCACAUCCCCUUUGUGCAGUCCGGUUCAAUAUUCUGCAGCAGUGACUCUGCUGUAAAACUCUCGCUUCUUAGGAAGAAAAAGAAGAAGAAAAGACAUGCAGGGCUUUUUGGGGCCUGUUGACUUUCACAAGGUAGACUGGGUAAAUUAGGAGAGAUAAUUGUUAUCAAUGGCCAGAUGAAACUGAGUCUUUCGGGAGUAAUUUGAGGAAGUAGCUGUGGACAUAACGUGCCGCCCUGGCAGGACAUGUAAUGAGCUACUGGCUGUCAUCCAAACAGGAGCGACUUCACCUUUUACUCACACUUCUUUGUUUCUGUGGACUGUUUGGCUCACUGUUGACAAAAAAAAAGAAAAAAAAAAGAAAAGCAAUCAUGUGCCUUUUGUUUCUGAUUUUUCAGCUUCAUCUGACCUGAGAAUGUCAGCCCCAAAAGCAUGUAUAAAGCUAUUUGAAAGUUAAAUUAUGAAAAGUGUAUAAAGCCGUUUAAUAAUAGUAAUAUAUUGUAAAAAAAGAAAAGAAAGCGAAAGUGGAAAACUGAUAAAUGUCCUCAAAACAAUUACUAUUAGAAUAUUAAAAACCCUUUUUAUUAGUUGCCUGUCUUUCUUUUUCAAAAUCUUCUUUAACGAAUGAAUGUUGGCUUUUUCUUCACGUUGUGUUGUCAUUGUGUUCGGUGAAUACCUGCAUUUUCUUUUGCACCGGGCCCGCUGCUGACAUUGACAGAACAAUUGCUUGUCUUUUGUUGAGGCCGCUGUUUCAGAAAGCUACAGUCUCCGUCAUGUUUGGUUCUCUCUGCCCUAAUUGAUCCAGACCACUAACUGGAAAGAAGUUCUUCAAAAAAGACACACAGACUUUCAGUGGCUUCUUGUCCCUUCCACAAAACAAAGAGGUCUCAAUUUUUAUUUUUUAUUGAUUUUUUUCAAUUAUUAUUACCCACGACAAAUGCUGCAUUCACAAGCAUCAGUAAGAUCUAUGUUAGUUUCAAGAAAAGUACUUGAGCAAAAAGGGGACAUUUUGAAGGAGGAUCUCACUGGUGUGUUUCAACUCAUUACAGUACAAGUGUUUCCAUAAAAAAAAAAAAAAAGAAAUGUUAGUAAAUACAUAUUAUAUCAUCCGAAGUAUUUUCUUAUUUCCAAAUUUGCAUAUCAAUUUGAGUGACAUCCAACCUUCUGAAAGGUUUUCCAGUUGGUUGGUGUGCUUAUGGUGAUUUCCUUAGCACUGAUGUCAAGACAGUAGCUGCGUUUCCACUUCAAAUGUGUGAAAACUUUAUCGAAAAAACACAAUUUUGUUAUUGGUGUUUCCAUUAAAUAAUAAAAAAAACAAACAAAAAAACAGAAUUAAAGUCACACUUCACGUCGUUCACGUGCCGCGCCAUCAUCCGACCACUUCCUGUUGGUCUCAGUUGUGAGUGGAAAACAGCUGCCCACAUUAAUCCCCAAUGCACUCAACUUUAAAGUUGAAACUGUGCAGGCGGGAGAGGGCCAUUCUCCCUGCAACUCCCAAACCCAGACUCAUCCGUUGGAUUGCCAGACACAGAGGCAUCAUUCUUCACUCUAGAGGACACUCUACUGCUUUAAACCAGAGAAAGCCUGCUGUACGCCACUCCAUCCGACGCUGUACGCCACUCCAUUCGACGCUGUACGCCACUCCAUCCGACGCUGUACGCCACUCCAUCCGACGCCGUACGCCACUCCAUCCGA